GCGGCAUGCCCGCACGGCGGCCCCCCGCCUGCUAGGCUCCCGUCGGCACCGAGGAGGAGGCGGCGGAGGAGGAGCGGGGUCGGCGGCCGCCCGCCCCGUCGCAGCGCCCCGCUGCCGUCGCCCGCGGGGGAAGCCAAGAUGGCAGAGGCGUCGCCCCCCGCCCCGCUUUCGCCCCUGGACGUGGAGCUGGACCCCGAGUUUGAGCCGCAGAGCCGCCCACGCUCCUGCACCUGGCCCCUGCAGAGGCCCGAGCUGCAGGCCAGCCCUGCCAAGCCCGCCGGCGAGCCGCCCGCCGACGCCGCCUCCAUGAUCCCCGAGGAGGAGGACGACGAGGAGGAGGGGGGCGGCUCGGCCAUGGCUGUCGGCAUCGCGACUCCCGCGGGCGGAGAAACGGCGCCGGCGGCCACCGCCGUCCCGGAGGAGACAGCGCGGCUGUUGGCCCCCCUGUCUGGGGGUGGCCCGGAGGGACCGAGUCUCUCGCCGGGGACAGCGGCUGGCGGCGGGGGGCUCAGCGGGGGCCCGGCGGCGACGGCGCCGAGGAAGUGCUCGUCGCGGCGCAACGCGUGGGGCAACCUCUCCUACGCCGACCUCAUCACCCGCGCCAUCGAGAGCUCCCCGGAGAAGCGCCUCACCCUCUCCCAGAUCUACGACUGGAUGGUCCGCUGCGUGCCCUACUUCAAGGACAAGGGCGACAGCAACAGCUCGGCUGGCUGGAAGAAUUCGAUCCGGCACAACUUGUCACUCCACAGCCGAUUCGUCAGGGUGCAAAACGAAGGCACCGGAAAAAGCUCUUGGUGGAUGAUCAACCCGGAUGGUGGAAAAGGCGGGAAGGCGCCGCGGAGACGUGCUGUGUCGAUGGACAACAGCAACAAGUACACAAAGAGCAGAGGGCGAGCAGCUAAGAAGAAGGCAGCCCUGCAGACUGCCCAGGAGACGAGCGAGGACAGCCCUUCCCAGCUCUCCAAGUGGCCAGGGAGCCCCACCUCCCGCAGCAGCGACGAGCUGGACGCCUGGACGGAUUUCCGCUCCCGUACAAAUUCGAACGCCAGUACAAUCAGCGGCCGCUUGUCACCCAUUUUGGCCAGCACUGAGCUAGAUGAUGUUCAAGACGAUGACGCUCCGCUUUCUCCCAUGCUGUACAGUAGCCCGUCGAGCUUGUCCCCGUCGGUCAACAAGCCGUGUACUGUGGAGUUGCCCAGGUUGACUGAUAUGGCUGGGACAAUGAACUUGAAUGACGGACUGACAGAUAACCUCAUGGAUGAUCUCUUAGACAAUAUAACACUCCCUCCCUCCCAGCAGUCGCCCACGGGAGGGAUAAUGCAGAGAAGCUCCAGUUUUCCGUAUGGUUCCAAAGGUUCAGGGCUGGGUUCCCCAUCGAGUAGUUUUAACAACGCCGUGUUUGGACCGUCAUCCCUGAACUCCCUGCGCCAGUCGCCCAUGCAGACCAUCCAGGAGAACAAGCCGGCCACCUUCUCUUCCAUGUCUCAUUACAACAACCAGACGCUGCAGGAUCUCCUCGCCUCCGAUGCCCUUAGUCACAGCGAUGUCAUGAUGACACAGUCUGACCCGCUCAUGUCACAAGCCAGCACAGCUGUGUCCGCCCAGAAUUCCCGCAGGAAUAUCAUGCUCCGCAACGACCCUAUGAUGUCGUUCGCCGCGCAGUCCAGCCAGGGGGGUCUGGUCAAUCAGAGCCUGCCUCAUCACCAGCACCAGUCCCACAACUCCUCUCUUAGUGGCAGUCGUGCCUUGUCCAGUUCCAUCAGUAACAUAGGCUUGAGUGACUCGAACAGCUUGGGAUCCACCAAACAUCAGCAGUCACCUGUCAAUCAGUCUAUGCAAACACUUUCUGACCCACUCUCAGGCUCCUCUUUGUACUCCUCUAGUGUGAACCUCCCGGUCAUGGGACACGAGAAAUUCCCAAGUGACUUGGACCUGGAUAUUUUCAAUGGGAGCCUGGAGUGUGACAUGGAGUCCAUUAUCCGCAGUGAACUCAUGGAUGCAGAUGGGCUGGAUUUUAACUUUGAUUCCCUCAUCUCAGCUCAGAACGUUGUCAGUCUGAAUGUGGGGAACUUCAGUGGUGCUAAACAGGCUUCAUCACAGAGUUGGGUACCAGGCUGAAGGAUCUUUGAGAACAGGGAAAAUGGGCAAACAGGCCCUCAAACUGACAUGAGAUGUAGAGAAGAGAACCCUUUGCCAAAUCUGCUGUCAGCAAGUGGACAGUGAUACUGUUUACAGCUUACAACCUUUGUGAACCUUGCAUUAUUUUCCUAACAAAGCAGACUGUUAAUAGGCCCCAUACUGGAGUGAAGAUCCUCCUUUUUUUCUUUUUUUUUCUUUUUGUCUUCUUCUUUUUUUUUUUCUUUUUCCUCUUUUUUGGGGGGGAGAAUUGAACUUUUUCUGAAGUAUGCAAGAUCUUCCUUUUCUGGGAUGGCUAAGCACCUGCUGUGGAGACAAUGUUCAGCACCAUCCUGUGGAGAACACACUGUGUAGCCUUUACAGUAGUUACUUGUCAAUGAGUAUGUGGUGUUUCAAUAUAUUAAUGGUUUAUGGGAUGUUUUAAGUUGGCUUUUCUUUUUGGAGGUUUUCCCUAUCUGCCCACCCUCCCUCCUACAACCUCCAGUUUGAUUUCCUUAGAUUUUUUACCAUUUUUGCUUUCUCUCCCUGGGGAAUCUGAAGUACUGCACACACACACAAGGAAACGACCAUAACCCAGCACUGCUCAGACCUGAGGUUUUCCCAAAUACACAGCGUUUCUCACCCCUAUCAACCGCCAGAGUUCCGGGAGGAGGUGAUGUGAUGUGUGCAGUCUGUUGGUUUGUUGAGUUGAUUUUGUUUCUUCCUUUCUUUCUCUUUCCUUAAAUUUAAUUGUACACCCGUUUGCCACAAGUGUGCAGAUCUUGAUUGCAAAACUGAGGGAAGGAGGUGAUGUUGCCUCUUGGUUGGUGAGGAGGGGCUGGCAGUGGGUGCCACUGCCUGCACGUGUCCCGGGGCAGGAGCCCAUUUGCUGCCCCACCAGGCUCCCCUCCUGCCUCGUGUUAGCAAAGCUGCCCCGACUACAGCAGUGAGCUGGGAAGGAGUCAUAAGCUGAGCUGCCAGACAAGUUGAGCAUAGCAGCCUGGAGAGAUGUGUUUGAACAAGUGAAAAUGAAGGGAAAUGCGCCGCUUUGCAGAGAAGCUGAGCGUCGAGGCUGGGGAUCAGCAGGCGACUCGCAGUGGCAGUGCCGGGGUUGAGGCAGAGGUUUUUGCAAGGUGUGUUACUGCAUCAGUGAUCCUUUUUUUGUUUUGUUUUGUUUUGGACAUAGCCUUGAUUAUUUUUUCCUUCUCGUUAUAUAUAGUCCAUUGUGGCAGAAGAAGCAGGAGAAGGAAUGGCAAGGUGACAGUAUCAUGCAGAUGGCUUUUCAUACGAGCAUAGAUUUUAACAGGACAAAUGACACUGAAAGACAAGGCAGUUUUAUAUAUUUUGCUUCUAAGAUUUUCUUUCAUAAAAUGAAUAAUGACUAAUAAUAACAAUGAAUAAAAGGUAUGGUGCUGUAUAGAUCCUCUCUAUAAUCUGGGAAGUUUGAUUACUUUUUAUUAGUACAUUGAGGGGGGGAGGGACACAAAAAAAAGAGAGGAAAACACCAAUGGUACGUAGGAACUCGGUAUGAAGAGGUUCUGAAUAGGACAGUGUAUACAUAAUUCUCCAAAGCGAUAUAUGAAGUUUUUUUUUCUUUGCAUAAAAAGCAUUAUGCAUAUAAAUAUAUAAAUAUAUUUUAUUAUGUACAGAAAUGGAUCAUUAUGCAUGGAUGUUAGGAAAACAAACUAGCAUUUUAACCCAAAGUCUCAAUGCAUGAGUUCCCACCGACCCGUGUCCCAUGCAAUGUGGAGUGACUCCCUCUCGCCACUGCCACCGCACACGCACAGUCACACACAGACACACGGACACACAGACACACAGACACACAGACACACAGACACACACACAGCAUCCGUGGGCCUUUCCUUGCUCCUUACUUUCCAGGUCCCUGAGGUGAUACUUGGUGAAACAACAGCUCCUAGUGUGAUGGAAGCUUAGUUUCUGUAUCGUAGCUCCCACGCUGUUCUCUCAUGCAGAUGCACCUCUUGGUUUCUCCCUGCAGUUAUCACUGUGUAGACUCUGUGCAGUUGUGGUUAUUGUAGCCCGGUAACAUAUCAACUCUUCCAAGCAGCCAAGGGUUUAUCAUUCGCCUUUAAAAAAAAACUUCUCUUUUCUUUCUAGGCCAAGGUGGUCUAUUUGUCAGCGUGGGGGCUAGAUUAUUACAUUUAUUGGAGUUAGCUGAUGCUCGUUGCCCAGCUCUGUCAGCAGCCAGCUACCCAGGACACUUGUGUGGCACAGCAGUCACCUGGGCUGGAGGCCACUUUGCUUUUCAGAGUCUAGUUCUAGGCACCUUUUACCAGAACUGGUCUAGAGCUGUCUCAUCAGCCUCCUCUGAGCAUGUAUCAUUAGCUCUCAGCUCCUCAGUACACCCCAAAAUGUGAUUGUCCUGUGCUGAAGAACUUCUUUCUGGUGCUCCUUUCAUCAGAGCUCCGCCACGGCUGCUGCCCUGUGGUUGGGUUUGUCCCCGGCCCUGUGGUUUUGGCUACCAGCAGAGCUCACUCAGUUGCCCCCAUGCUGGGGUGCAGGAUUUGGUCCCUGCACGGAUGACCUCUCUGUUGAGACCCGGAGUGCCUGCCCAAAGACCAGGUUGCUGACAGCACCAGUAGGGCCUGACUUGAUAGUAUGGCCAAAGUGACCAUAAUCCUUUUUUUUUUUUUUUUAAAUUGGUAAGGAUACAAUUGUUGUCAAAAGCAAGGGAAGGCCCCCUUAACUUAAACCAAAUGGAGGCAACUUCUGUCCCACUACAGGAGCCCACCCCCUUGAGUUCAACAGAGCUCCCACUGGCAGGAAUGAGAGAAAAAACUGUGGUCUGCUCUGUUCAGAAAAUGGAGAAAAAACACUUGAUUUAGAGAUAGCCCACCAAUGGCGGAGAAGUUUUUUUUUGGUUGGUUGGUUUUUUUUGUAAAAUUAAAAGUAUUAGCAUCUGAAAGGCUAACCUGCCUCCCAGCAUUGUCAAGGAAAGCAUUUCCAUUGGCUUGACUGGGAUUCCUUGGGCCCCUGCUUUGGAGAACAUGCCAGCACAUGCUGAAGAGGGGUGGACUUGGCCAACCUUUUCUGUUCAGUUUGGUUUCUGUUGCUCAUUUUAGGGGCCAAAAUUUUCAAAUGAAAGUGCCUGGUGUUGGGGACUCCAGCAUGGUACCAGGGGGUGACGUACUCUGCCCUCAUCCCUUCUCAAAAGAAGGAGAGGUGCUGGGUCCUCCCAGGCCCAGGAGAAGGCCACUACCCUGUAUGCUUGCCAAGAUGCCCAGCAAGCACCCUCCUCUCCAGAGGUGCUAAAUAAAUCUUGCUGAAUUCAAAGGGCCACUUACUUAGGUGUCAAAAUACAGACUUGAAUGGCUGAUUUUGGGAGCCCACCUUUUGAAAAUUUGGCCUUUGAACAUGUUUAUGCCUAGAAGUUUUCCUUCUGAAACCAUGUAAAACAGACAGAGGUCCAGAACAACCAUGUAGUUAUCAUAUAAACACUUGGUUUAAAUAAAAGGUCUAAAAAGGUGACAUUUAUGCAGUUCCUAGUCGCAGGUUUGGGGCUUAAUUUAAUGAUUUUGUAAAAAAACUUUCUCUUGAGAAUAAUCAGUGGAACACUGCUUAACUCCAGAAAUUUUUUUGUGCCACCACUUCAAAAAGUUACCUUUUAGGUCAUUAUUUCUCUCAAAUGAUGUCAUUGCUUGGCAAUCAGUGUCCUGUGUUUCCAGUACAUGAUAAACCUUAGGAACUGCCAACAGAUGCAAAGGGGGACCAGAUACAUUUCUUUACUAUGGGUUGGAGAAAAUGAAUUGUGCAUUUGGCUUCACAUGUUAAACUUUUUUUUUUUUUAAAAAAAAAAGUUGCAUGAUUGGAAAAAAAAAUGUAUACAGUAUCUGUAAAACUGUUUUAUCUGUUUUUUAUUUCAAGCCAUGUAAAUUGGAAGAAUAUUAAAUCCACAGCCUUAUCGCGCAUGGCCGUCUUUACAUACCGAAGAGCUGAACAGUUUAUACUUUUCAUUUGGGCUAUCUUGUACUUUCAUUUGAAAGCAGACACUCUCAUGUUGCAGUCUUACUGAGGAUUUUGUAUGUAAGGAAAAAAAAAAAAAAAAAAAAAAAAAAGGAAAAAGAUGCUGCCCUGGAGGAAUAUACUACCUUACUACACAGAGGUUGGAAGGAAGUUUGUUUUGGAGCAAAACCUGCCCCUUUCCAAACAAAGUAGAGACGCAGUGCUUACUCCACUUGGUGUUAGUAGAUAUUGCCUUGUGUAUUCCAUUUUAAAUUGUAAUCUAGUUUGUAAAAGAGAUGGUGACGCAUGUAAAUAAAGCAUAAUGGAUCUCUACAUUGCA